AUGAACAAUAAUAUGCCAAAGGUGCUGUUUUGGAACUCUCUCGAGAUCUGCCAGAUAGACGGCUUUUGGUAUUUUGUGGUGGGUACGGAACGCAUUGCCGCAUUCCGGUCCGGAUUCCGGCCGAGAAGCGACGACAUCUUCUUGACAUCCUUUAUCAAAACCGGAACCACCUGGCUCAAGGCUCUCUGUUACAACAUCCUUAAAUUCGACGACGACGAAGAAGAAGACCGUCUGGCGAAGAUGAACCCCCACGAAGUGGUUCCCUCGUUGGAAAUCAAUUUCGUCGAGGACGGAGUCCAGCGUAUGCUGCUCAGCUGUUCGCCACCCCGGCUGCUCCACACUCACGUGCCUUACUGUUACUUGCCGGAGGCGGUGAGGGAGUCCGGGUGCAGGUUCGUGUACGUGGCUCGUAACCCGAAGGACACUGUGGUGUCGAUGUGGCAUUUCUACAACAAGAUGUUCACGCGCGACGGUGGUUCCGAGCCGUUCCCUCUGGAGGGAGCGGUGGAGAGCUUCUGCAGCGGGGCUGUGCCUUACGGGCCAUUUUACGAACACGUGCUGGGCUACUGGGAAGAGAGCCAGAGGCGACCCGAGGAGGUGUUGUUUCUCAAGUACGAGGAGCUGUGCAGGGAGCCCAAAGAGCAGGUGAGGAAGCUGGCUUCUUUUAUGGGGAGGCCGUUUCCCUCGACGUUGACGACGCGCGAUGGAGAUGAUGAUGAGGGGGUGGAGAAAGUGUUGUGGCGUAGCAGUUUGGGUAGGCUCAAGGAGUUGGAGGUUAACAAGAACGGUGUACUGGUAGGCCAAUUAUCAAAUGCCCACUUCUUCAGGAAAGGAACUGUGGGGGAUUGGAAGAACUACUUGACUCCUCAGAUGGCUGAGCGCAUCGACCAACUCACACAGUUCAAAUUGCAGGGAACCGAACUUCCUCUUGAUGAUUGA